AUGAUUCAAUCGCCGAUGAUCUCGUGUCCUCUCAAGCAGACUAACGAAAUCGACUGGAUACGACCUUUGAAAGACUACAUUCGACAGAGCUACGGCGAAGACCCAGAGCGAUAUUCACAAGAAUGCGCGACGCUCAACCGGUUACGCCAGGAUAUGAGGGGUGCUGGCAAGGACAGUGCGACAGGGCGCGAUCUGCUGUAUCGGUAUUAUGGGCAGCUGGAACUCUUAGACCUGAGGUUUCCGGUGGACGAGAAUCACAUCAAGAUCUCUUUUACUUGGUAUGACGCUUUUACUCAUAAACCGACCUCGCAAUACUCCCUGGCCUACGAAAAGGCUUCUAUUAUCUUCAACAUCUCUGCCGUCCUUUCGUGUCAUGCCGCGAACCAGAACCGGGCCGAAGACGCCGGUUUGAAGACCGCUUACCACUCAUUUCAGGCAUCUGCCGGCAUGUUCACCUAUAUCAACGAGAACUUCCUGCAUGCGCCAUCGACCGAUCUGAAUCGCGAAACUGUCAAGACGUUGAUCAACAUUACUCUCGCCCAAGGCCAGGAGGUCUUCUUGGAGAAGCAGGUGGUCGAUGAAAAAAAGCCCGGGUUCCUUGCUAAGCUGGCUAGUCAAGCAGCAUACCUCUAUACCCAAGCGGCGGAAGCUAUGCAGGAUUAUGUCUCCAAAGGUGUUUUUGAGAAGGUGUGGUCGCUUGUCAUCCAGGCCAAGGCGGCGCAUAUGAACUCUGUCGCCUCGUAUUACCAAGCUUUAGCAGACAGUCAAGCCAACCAGCACGGGAUAGCUAUUGGUAGGCUUCAACUGGCUGAGAAACAUUCGAAUGUUGCCCUGAACUGGGCCAAGUCAUUUCCAUCGUCCGUCUCUGCAAACUCGAACUUAAGUACUGAGUCCGGCUCCAGUCUCUUGGAUCUCAUUAAGCACCACCUCGCGAUCGUGCAGAGCAACCUCUCCACGUUCAACAAAGAUAACGACUUUAUCUACCACCAACCUGUUCCGAACGAAGCCAGUCUGUCAACUGUUGCCAAGCUUCCAGCCGCGAAGGCCAUUCCCGUUAGUGAGCUGUAUCAGGGUCAAGAUAUUCAACGAAUCAUCGGGCCAGACAUUUUUCAGAAGCUGGUCCCUAUGUCUGUCACAGAGACGGCUAGUCUUUACGACGAGGAGAAGGCCAAGCUCAUUCGCGCGGAAACCGAAAAGGUCGAAACCGCUAAUGGGGAAAUGGCAGCCAGUUUGGAUUAUUUGAAGCUUCCUGGCAGCCUCGGUAUUCUCAAGGGCGGAAUGGAUCAAGAAGUGACCAUGGACGACGAAUUCCGGCAAUGGUGUCAGGAGCUGGCGGGCCACAAGCCAUUUACCAAGGAUUUUGAUGAGUUGCAAGAACGCAAGGCAGACGUGCUAACACAGUUGGAUCAUUGCUCCAAGCAGCUGGAUCUGGAGGAAAGUGUCUGUGAGAAGAUGCGUUCCAAGUACGGUGCCGAUUGGAGUCAGCAGCCAAGUGCCAGGCUGAAUACGACCCUGCGCGGUGAUGUGCGAACGUACCGCGAUACUGUCAACGAGGCCAGCGCCAGCGACUCACAGCUUAUGGCCACCCUGAGCCAGUACGAAGCGGAAUUUGACGAGAUGAAGGCGGCCGGAGAGACGGAUGAGGCCGAUGUUCUUUUCCAGAGAGCGCUGCUCAAGGCUGGAUCUAAACAUGGAAAGACAAAGAAUGGAAUGGGUAGCCCUGCGGUGGAGGGCAACUUGUUGGAUGAUGUUGAUGAGGGGGCCCUUUCAGUAGCCGACCAGAUUUCCCGUGUUGAGUCGAUUUUGAAAAAGUUGAACCUGGUCAAGAGGGAGCGGUCACAAGUGUUGAAGGACUUGAAGGAGAAGGUUCACAACGAUGACAUCUCGAAUGUAUUGAUCUUAAACAAGAAAUCCAUUGCCGGGCAGGAAGGUCAACUCUUUGAAGCUGAACUGGAGAAGUUCCGUCCGCAUCAGAACCGGCUUCUCCAAGCGAACCACAAGCAGGCUUCUUUGAUGAAAGAACUCACCAAGAUCUACGGCGACUUGCUUCAAGACAAGCGAGUCAGGGCCGAACAGUCGAAAUACGAAACGAUCACACGCCAGCGCAACACCGUUAUGGGCCGGUAUAAGAAGGUAUAUGAUUCAUUCAAUGGUUUACUGUCAGGAAUCGCUCAAGCGCAGACGUUCUACACUGAAAUGAGCGACACAGUGGAAAGCCUCAAGAAAAAUGUCGAGACCUUCAUCAGCAACCGAAGAUCCGAAGGUGCUCAACUCCUGAGCCACAUCGAACGCGACAAGGCGAGUGGUGCAGCAGAUCAGGAGGAUCGAGAGCGCGAAAAACUACGACAACUCAUGGAACGUCUGUCCACCGAUCCCAGACCGUCUUCAACCUCACCAGCUGUCUCGACACAUGCCCAAUCACCUCCGGGCCAAACACCCACGUACCCCAGCGUAUCCUCACCAAAGCCUUACCCUACAGCCCCAGCUCAGCAACCGCCUCAACCUCAAUCCCAACCCAACAUCCCCGUCUCGCACUCCCCAUCACCCUACGCUCAAUACAACCCCGGCGUGCCCUCCUACCAACCCCACCAGCAACCAUACCAACAAGGCGCCGCCGCCCCUCUCUCAGAAGGCUACAACCCAAUGGCCUACCCCUUCCCGAAAAACACCGUCUCUCCACCACCGCAACCCCCUAACCAAUACUUCUCCUCGACCCCUAUGCCCUAUCACCCUUCUCCAGCAUCAGGGCAGUACAUACCACCGGGUUACGUCCCCCCGCCUCCGCCGCCCCGGCCCCAAACCGGUGUUAGUGGCAGUGGAACUACGUAUCCGCCGUCAACGGGACCGUUUCCCUCAGGGCCGGGAGGGUAUGCGCAGAGCCGGCCGUAUGGAUCUAGUGCGCACCAUAGGGCACAGUCGCAGUCGCAGUCGCAGGGUCAAGGUCAGGCACAGGGGGGUGAUCCUUGGGCGGGGCUGAGCGCGUGGAAGUGA